ACUUUGGUGUUUGGUGGUUACAAGGUCAAUAUUUUAAAGUUCUUAUUUCUUUGCAUUUUAAAAAUAUUUUGUCUUUAAUUAAUUAAACCAACCUUAAUUAAAAAGGUAAAAUUUGAUUGAUUGCUUAAAUAAUGAGUUUCCGAUUAAAUACUGGUCAUAAUAUCCCUCUUGUGGGAUUUGGAACUUACACAAUAAAUGGAAACAAACAGACUAAACUUAUUAUGGAUCAAGCUCUUUCUGUGGGUUAUAGACUUUUUGAUACUGCAAAAAUGUAUUCAAACGAAGCUGAAAUUGGUAAAGCCUUAAAGGACUUGUUGCCAAAACACAAUUUAACAAGGAAGGAUGUUUUCAUUACUACAAAACUCUAUCCAAGCGAUCAGGGUGAUGUAGCCUAUGAUGCUUUUCAAGAAUCGUUAAAAAAAUUGGACUGUGAGUACAUUGAUUUAUUUUUAAUACAUUGGCCUGGAACGUGGAGCCAGGGAACUGAGAAACCUUCCAAAUUAAGAGACAGGAGUUGGCAACUAAUGGCUAAAGCAUACCAAGAGGGUCUUGUAAAGAAUAUUGGUGUAUCUAAUUAUACAGUAAAGCACUUGAAAGAGCUACUUGCUAAUGAUCAUGGAGUAAAGCCAACUGUUAACCAGAUUGAAUGGCAUCCAUAUUACCAUCCUCAAGACGUCUAUGAUUUCUGUAAGGAACAGAAUAUACUUCUUCAGGCUUAUAUGCCUUUAGGAUCGGGCAGCAAACACCUUUUAAAUGAUAAAGUAGUAUCAAAUGUAGCAAAAGAAUUGGGAAAAACUAAUGCUCAGAUCCUUUUAAAAUGGUCUGUACAACAAGGAGUCGGCGUGAUUCCCAGAACAAUUUCAGAACAACACAUGAAAGAAAAUUUUGAUCUUAAUUUUACUAUUCCGGAUAAGCAUAUGCAGAUGUUAAGUAACAUGAACAAAACUGUGAAAUAUGACUGGGACCCAGAGACUGUACCUUAGUACAAGUAUUUUUCAUUAUUUUUUUUCCAUAUUCAAGAAAGCAUUUAAUCUGGUUCUUUAUUAUUACGUAAUUCUAAGCAAUAAAGUUUAUUUUAUGUU